UCAAUCUUUCAAAAAAUAUCAACGACUUUCAAAUUAGACUCCCAAGUCUAUAGUUCUUCCUCCUUUUAUAGAAAAAUCAUCUCAUUAAUUUCCUUAAUUUUCAUCACUUCCCUACCUCUUCAAUCAUGCAAACAUCUCCAAAAGUACACCUACUAAUUAUCAUAGUAUUUUCUACUAUUACUAAUAUACUCAUCCAAAAAGCAUACACAACAUCAUCACCUUCUUCAAAUUGUGAUGGCAACGUUAUAUUAUCCUUUCCAACCUUCAAUGCAUCAAGUUGUAAACCAGGGGGUGACCUUUUGUGCAUGGGAGCCAUCUACCCCGGCGAGGGGUUCUUGAACUUAACCAAGGCUGCGUCGAAUAACUUGUCGUCGUUGGAUUACAUGAGAUUCGCUAGAGUAUUGUACAAUAAACCUGUACAAGUAUGGCCAGCUUCAUUUUGUACAAGCUUCUCCUUUAGAAUUUAUUCUAAGCUUAAUCAGUUGAAGUAUUCUGGUGAUGGUAUGACAUUUGUUAUGGCUCAAGAUAAUAAGUCUCCCCCAAAUAUUAGCGUUGGCUCUUAUCUUGGUCUUCAGGAUCAACUACAAGGAAAGUCGGAUUUCAAACAACUAGCUGUCGAGUUUGACACAUUCAAGAACGAGUGGGAUCCUGAUGAUAAUCACAUAGCGAUUGAUACAUACAGCGCGAUGCAUUCUUUGGUUGCAAAGUCAUCUCCCAUUGAUCUCAAGAGUGGGAACCAAAUCAAAGUCCAGAUAGAAUAUAAUGGACACACAAAAAAUCUUCAAAUUUAUAUGGGUUAUGAAGGGAAACCAUUAACUAGUUUCCUAAACUACUCGAUAAAAGUAUCAAAAAUAAUCCCAAAAAAUGUAUACAUAGGUUUUACAGCAGCAACUGGACUUCUCACUGAGACUCACCAACUUCAUGAUUGGGUGUUCACUUCCACAAUAUUAUCAGACAACACUUUGAAAGAUAACAAGAAAUUAUGCAUCAUCAUUUUGUCAAUUGUUAUACCAAUUUUAGUCCUCUUGGCAGUGAUUGCAAUACCUGUCAUUCGACGUAGAAUGAUUAGGAAGAUGCAGAGGAUUAGAAGAAUGGAAGAGCUUGAGAGGCAGUAUGCUGCUGCUGCUGCCGCGGCUCCUAGGAAGUUUACUUACAAACAACUUGCUAAGGCUACUAAGAAUUUCAGCAAGGAUAAUUUGUUAGGGACUGGUGGUUUUGGGAGUGUUUAUAAAGGUGUUAUCAAGAAUUCUGUUCAGACUAUUGCUGUCAAGAAGAUCUCAUCUACCUCUCAGCAAGGUGAGCGCGAAUAUAUAGCAGAAAUAUGUACAAUUGGGCAUCUAAGGCAUAGAAACAUAUUGCAACUUCAAGGGUGGAGUCAUGAAAACGACAGUCUUCUUCUUGUAUAUGACUUCAUGGCUAAUAAGAGCCUAAAUGAAUUCCUCUCAGGCCGAAAAUUCUUGGAUUGGAAGACGAGGGAAAAAGUAAUAACUGGCUUAGCAUCAGCAUUGUUGUACCUUCAUGAAGAAUGUGGUGAUCCAGUGGUUCAUAGAGAUGUGAAGCCUAGUAAUGUCAUGCUAGAUGCAGAGUUCAACCCGCGUCUUGGUGAUUUUGGGCUUGCUAGAUUGCUAAAGAACACAACCGGGGUCACCACAAUGGUGGCGGGAACCCUAGGGUACAUGGCUCCUGAGGUGAGCUACACCGGAAAGGCAACAACUGAGUCGGAUGUGUAUAGCUUUGGCGUGGUGGCGUUGGAGGUGGUGUGUGGAAAAAGGUUUAGUACCCUCCUAGGGGAAAGUUGCUUGGUAGACUAUGCAUGGGAUAUGUAUGCAAAGGGUACAUUGGUAGAGUGUGUGGAUCCUAAACUUGGGGAAGAUUUUUUCAAGGAUAAAGCCGAAAGGAUUUUAAGUUUGGCACUUGCGUGUUUGCAUUUGGAAUCGAACUUGAGACCUAAGAUGAGAAAAGUGGUUAUGGUUUUGUUAAAUUCAAAUGAACCUCUUAUGAAACUCCCUUCUACUCGCCCUAAAGGAGUAUAUGUGUCAUUAUCUGGAUUCUCAAAUCCGCCUAGUACUAGUAAUAAUUCUAAGCCUAGUACACCUUUAUUUUCAUGGCCUGAUUACCCUUCAUCUAGCACUAAUACAAGCUUUCAAAAUGAAUCUUUGGCACGGUAGAAAAUGUCAUUGUUCUUCUAUGUAUUAUUAUAUCUAAGUAGUUUUAUAGCUAAGAAUACGAAGCUAUUGGUGUACAACAAAGUUUGAAUUGUUCCUAAUAAUAUUGUAGAUAUUCAUACAUAUUCAAACAGCAAUCGUAAUUGAAAAAUAAAUAAA